UCUCCCCGCAGCCGCCGCCGCAGCCGCCGCCUGGGCCGCCCCGUGUCCCCGGUGGAGCCGCCGCCGCUGCCGCCGGGAGCUCGAUGCGGACGGAGCCCGGGCCGGGCCAUGGGGAUCCUCAGCAUCACGGACCAGCCGCCCCUGGUCCAGGCCAUCUUUAGCCGAGAUGUGGAGGAAGUGCGAUCCCUGCUCUCGCAGAAGGAGAACAUCAAUGUGCUGGACCAAGAGAGGCGAACCCCACUGCAUGCUGCUGCCUACGUAGGCGAUGUCCCCAUCCUCCAGUUGCUACUGAUGUCAGGUGCUAAUGUCAACGCUAAGGACACACUGUGGCUGACCCCUCUUCAUCGUGCUGCUGCCUCCCGAAAUGAGAAGGUGCUGGGGCUGCUGCUGGCACACUCGGCAGACGUGAAUGCCCGGGACAAGCUGUGGCAGACACCGCUGCAUGUGGCCGCCGCCAACCGGGCCACCAAGUGCGCUGAGGCGCUGGCACCCCUGCUGAGCAGCCUCAACGUGGCCGACAGGAGCGGACGCAGUGCCCUGCACCACGCAGUCCACAGUGGACAUCUCGAGACGGUGAACCUGCUUCUCAACAAGGGAGCCAGCCUGAACGUCUGUGACAAGAAGGAGCGGCAGCCUCUGCACUGGGCGGCGUUCCUAGGGCAUCUGGAGGUCCUGAAGCUGCUGGUGGCGCGGGGAGCGGACCUCAGCUGCAAGGACCGCAAGGGCUACGGGCUGCUCCACACCGCUGCUGCCAGUGGCCAGAUUGAAGUGGUGAAGUACCUGCUCCGGAUGGGGGCUGAGAUCGAUGAGCCCAACGCUUUCGGAAACACAGCUUUGCACAUCGCCUGCUACCUGGGCCAGGACGCCGUGGCCAUAGAGCUGGUGAAUGCCGGCGCCAACGUCAACCAGCCGAACGACAAGGGCUUCACGCCGCUGCAUGUGGCGGCCGUCUCCACCAACGGCGCACUCUGCCUGGAGCUCUUGGUCAAUAACGGGGCAGACGUCAACUACCAGAGCAAGGAAGGGAAAAGCCCUCUGCACAUGGCUGCCAUCCAUGGCCGUUUCACCCGCUCCCAGAUCCUCAUCCAGAAUGGUAGCGAGAUCGAUUGUGCUGACAAAUUUGGGAACACGCCACUGCACGUGGCUGCACGCUACGGCCACGAGCUGCUUAUCAGCACCCUCAUGACCAAUGGCGCGGAUACCGCCCGGCGCGGCAUCCACGACAUGUUCCCCCUGCACUUAGCUGUCCUCUUCGGAUUCUCUGACUGUUGUCGCAAGCUCCUUUCCUCAGGUCAGCUGUACAGCAUCGUGUCUUCGCUCAGCAACGAGCACGUGCUCUCAGCCGGGUUCGACAUCAAUACCCCCGACAACCUUGGCCGCACCUGUCUUCAUGCUGCUGCUUCUGGAGGGAAUGUUGAAUGUCUUAACCUGCUGCUGAGCAGUGGAGCUGACCUGAGGCGGAGAGACAAAUUUGGAAGGACGCCCCUGCACUAUGCAGCCGCCAAUGGCAGCUACCAGUGUGCCGUCACGCUGGUGACCGCCGGGGCGGGCGUCAACGAGGCGGACUGUAAAGGCUGCUCCCCCCUCCACUACGCUGCCGCCUCAGACACCUACAGGAGAGCGGAACCCCACUCAUCUUCCAGCCACGACACCGAGGAGGAUGAGCCGCUGAAGGAGUCCCGCAGGAAGGAGGCCUUCUUCUGUCUGGAGUUCUUACUGGAUAACGGUGCAGACCCCUCCCUGCGGGACCGGCAGGGCUACACAGCUGUGCACUAUGCAGCCGCCUAUGGCAACAGACAGAACCUCGAACUGCUCUUAGAAAUGUCCUUUAACUGCCUGGAGGAUGUGGAAAGUACCAUUCCAGUCAGCCCUUUGCACUUAGCUGCCUACAACGGUCACUGUGAAGCCCUGAAGACACUGGCCGAGACGCUGGUGAAUCUGGACGUGAGGGACCACAAGGGCCGCACCGCGCUCUUCCUGGCCACUGAGCGAGGCUCCACGGAGUGUGUGGAGGUGCUGACAGCUCACGGCGCCUCUGCCCUCAUCAAGGAGCGCAAGCGCAAGUGGACACCCCUGCAUGCUGCUGCUGCCUCUGGCCACACUGAUUCCCUGCACUUGCUGAUUGACAGUGGGGAGCGAGCUGACAUCACAGACGUCGUGGAUGUCUACGGCCAGACCCCACUGAUGCUGGCCAUCAUGAACGGUCACGCGGACUGUGUACACCUGCUGCUAGAGAAAGGAUCCACAGCUGAUGCUGCUGACCUUCGGGGUCGCACUGCCCUGCACCGUGGGGCAGUGACUGGCUGUGAGGACUGCCUGGCUGCCCUGCUGGACCACGACGCGUUUGUGCUGUGCCGAGACUUCAAGGGCCGCACGCCCAUCCACUUGGCCUCCGCGUGUGGCCACACUUCAGUGCUGCGGACCCUGCUGCAGGCUGCCCUGUCCACAGACCCCCUGGAUGCGGGGGUGGACUACAGUGGAUACUCGCCCAUGCACUGGGCCUCCUACACUGGACACGAAGAUUGUCUGGAGUUGUUACUUGAACACAGCCCAUUUUCAUACCUGGAAGGAAACCCCUUCACUCCUUUGCACUGUGCAGUAAUUAAUAACCAGGACAGCACCACAGAGAUGCUGCUGGGAGCUCUGGGUGCCAAGAUUGUGAACAGCCGUGAUGCCAAAGGACGGACCCCUCUUCACGCCGCUGCCUUUGCGGACAAUGUCUCUGGGCUCCGGGUGCUGCUGCAGCAUCAAGCUGAGGUGAACGCCACCGACCACACCGGCCGCACAGCACUCAUGACGGCGGCGGAGAACGGGCAGACAGCUGCUGUGGAAUUUCUGCUGUACCGGGGGAAGGCGGACCUGGCCGUGCUGGACGAGAACAAGAACACUGCCCUCCACUUGGCGUGCAGCAAGGGCCAUGAGAAAUGUGCCCUCAUGAUCCUGGCGGAAACCCAAGACCUUGGCCUUAUCAAUGCCACCAACAGUGCGCUGCAGAUGCCACUCCACAUUGCUGCCCGGAACGGUCUGGCCUCUGUGGUGCAGGCCCUGCUGGGCCGGGGCGCCACCGUGCUGGCUGUGGAUGAAGAAGGUCACACCCCAGCACUGGCCUGCGCCCCCAACAAAGAUGUGGCAGACUGCCUGGCCUUGAUCCUCUCCACCAUGAAGCCUUUCCCACCCAAGGACGCCGUCAGUCCUUUCAGCUUCAGCCUGCUCAAAAACUGCAGCAUCGCCGCCGCCAAGACGGUGGGUGGCUGCGGGGCCCUGCCGCACGGGGCCUCCUGCCCCUACAGCCAGGAGCGGCACGGCGCCAUUGGCUUAGACGGCUGCUACUCAGAGUAGCCCCUCGUGUCCCUCCCCCUGCCGGUGGCUUGAUACCUUAUUCUAUUUAUUUAGAAAAAGUCUAUACAUUUAGGGCACUUUAAAGGAGAACACGGCUGGGUGUGGGGGGCCGCGGGGGGGGCAGAGGGGGUGAACGAAAGCACUGGGGAGCAGCUGCUCACCCCGUUGCCGCACCAUCCUGGCAGGGGUCUGGGACAGACAGGGAGCACCCCAGGCCCUUGGUACCCCCGGGGCAGCCCCUCCGGCCAAGUGUCCCAGAAUGAUUGCUAAAUGCCUGGCUCCCGUCUCUGUUACCGUCUCUCGGUUCCCCCUUUCUGCUGCCAGCCCCCACCCCCCGACUUACCUCUGACCCUCCUCUGUGGCCCGCUGCCCCCCGCCCUACUGCCAGGCAGACCCCCCCUCCUCCCAUACCCAUCACUGCCUCCCUGCUCCGGCCCCUCCAUCCCCGCAGCAGUGAGAAGCCUUAAUUUCCGGUACUGUGUGAGCACUCUGGGGGUGUCCCCCUCCCCCUUCUGGGGCAGCUAGAGGAUGAGGGGGGAGGGUCUUUAGCACUGGGGCCUGGAACUUUCCCCCCAACUUCUGUCCCCCCAUCGCCCCUCAAGUUCAAAUGCAAAACACUUGAAGCAGCAACUACUGUACCUGGGCCCGUCCCCCGCACUCUCCCCGGCUCCUCAUAUGCAAAUCAAGGGCUGGUUCUGCCCCCGCAGCCUGCCCCCGCCCCGCCCCCCGCGCCCCUCCACUCCUGGCCUGAACCCCCACCACGCACUUUAACCUUGCUUCUUUUAACUUCUUUUAGGUGGACAGAGCCGGUGGCCCUUCCCUCCCUGGCUCUCGUCCCUUAACUUUUGAGGCUUGUCAUGAAUUUUUAAGUAAGCAUUUUAUCCUUUUAGGGGAAGAAACAAAUUAAUUUCCUACCCAUUUCAAAUCACAGCACUAGUAUGUCCUAUGUGUUUCAGGCAUGUGUUUGCAUGUAUGUGGAGGGCAGGACCGUGUUCUUCCUCCUGUGUCCCUCCCUCUCUCUCUGUCCUCCCCCCCCAGCCUCCACCUCCCUAACGUCCAAGAGUCCAAGAGUACUUGCUCCUCCCCCUUCCCUUCUCCCGGCCGCCCAGUCACUCCUGGUCUGAAGCCAAAGAUGGUGGGAAGGGCUGGGCAGCCGGGCGGGACCCCACGGACCCCAGGCUUCCCCUCCCGUAUGAGGCUGACCGUGUCCCCGCCUUCCUUCCCGGCCGCUCCCCACCGCGGGAGAGCCGGGACUGAGCUCGGGGCUGCACUGAGAAGGCUCCUGCCAGCCGCACCCCGGAAGCCGGACUGGGCUGGAGUGAGGAGGGGGCAGCUUUCUCUCUAAAUGUAGCAUUGAAUUUGGCCCCGGUCCCUCCAGACGCCCCUGUCUGUCCACACACCUCCCAGCUCAGCGACCCUGGACAGUCGCCCCCGCCCCGCCGCGCCCCUCCCUGCCCCCUUCCUCACACUGAUACCUCAGCCAGGGGCCAAGACACAGAACUUGAAUAUAGGUCACGCCCCCCCCAGCCCACAGUGCACCCACGCCCAGUUUGGCUGCCAUCAGUAUUGUCCCCGGAGAACUGGACAGGCUUCGUUUACACAGUACAGGGUCCCCAUCCUGGGGCACCCUCCCCCCCCACCCCCCGCCCUCCUUCCCCCCACACACUUAACUUUCGUCUCCAGUGUGUGCCCUGCGAGUCCCCCAGCCUCGCCCAGGUGGGCAGAGUGGAGGAGGGCAUGGACGAGCCCCUCCCAGCCUCGGUCGGUCCCCUUCACCAUACCUCAUGCCCCCACCCUGAAGCCUGGCCUGUCUGUCCCCCUCCCCUGCACCCCCCUCCCGCUCUGUCCCCUCUCUCUGUGUCUUGCUUCCCGCCACCUCAGUUCCGGAACCAUUUCAAAGCUUCCAAGUGACCAUUAUUGGUGAGAAGGAUCGUGCAGCUUUUUAGUUUGUUGUUUUUGUUUUCGAAGCCAAAGGGCCUUGCGAUGCCCCUCAUGCCCCAGCGCCCCCCCCCACACUCCCCCUCCUUGUCCUUCCCUACACGACAAUCAAUGUGACCUCUCAAAGGGCUGCAGCCCCCACCCCACCCUGCUGGUUCUGCAAUGCUUGCCCUCGCUUCAGUUCUUGCUCCUCCAACCAUCCCGCCCCCCCCCUCCAUUCCUCUCAUUUUGGUGCUGGGAAUUAGUUGGUGGGGGGGCGGGGUGCAGGGGGAGCAGGGAGAUGGGUCCUCCCGAGAAGACCCUCGGGGUCGGGGGAUCAGUCGUGUUCUCCUUUACCAACGCGGGGUGAAGGCAGGAAGAAUCAGUGUGUGGGUCAGGAGCCCCGUCGUUCUGCUGGGUGAGAUUUCUGGUGGCUGCCUGGUCCCUGCUGGGCCCCCAGCACCCCGUCAGCGUGCCGGGGCCGGCGGCGGGGCACCCUCUGCCCCUCUUUAUGCCAAAGGAAACCCCGCACCCCACGCCGGGCUCCCCGGCCCCUCGGGGUUUUCGAAGCAUUCUGACCAUUCUCAUGGCCACUGCGUAUUUAUUUUAACGUUAAGAUUUUUCUCUUUUUUUUUUUUGAAAAAAAAAAAAAAACCAACCUCUUUGACUUAAACGGGUGUGGAGAAGUAAAACAGGCAGAAUGCCCCCCCAUCUUCAGGGGCCAGGCGGGGAGGGAGCACCCCGGCCCCGGCCCGCCCCGCCCCUCCCCGCCCCCCAGCGCAGCUCUAAAGCACUUGCUUCAGUAAUAAGCACUUUUGAGGAAAGGCCUGUUGGAAGUGAGGAGCGGCCCCAGGCGCCAGCAGAGGAGUCAGAGCAAGGGCGACCCCGCGACAGGGACAGGUGCGCGGGCCGGGCGGAGGGCCGGACGGAAAGAGCCAGUUUUUCGUUUCUGAUUUGGGGUGUGUGUGUGGGGGCGGGGGGGAGAUGUUUCUGAUUGGGCGGUGGCUUUGGAAGGGUCGUGUAUAGCCUUCAGAAAAACAAACGGCACAAACUGGGGGUCCCCAGGGGGACCCCCAGACCCGGGUCACUGCCACUGUCCCAGUGAGACUGUUGGGCCACCUCCCUUCCCCGGGCCCCCUGAGCCAUAGGACUGCUGAGAACCACUGAAUGUACAGCCCGUGUCGGGGUGGGGGGCGGCCCCGGGGAAGGGGCUUCUCCUGUUUGGUGCUGUGGGGGUGGGAGAGACGAGACUGAGGGAGUUGCCACCCCACUUAGACAUGUGUUCCUGGGGGGGGUGAAGGGGCUGCGGGGGGCCUCCCCCAGCCCCCUCGCCACGGCCCCUCCCCCCUCCUCCCUAUCCGUUUUGACUGUAAGUCCAGCUCACCUUUGCCUUCAAUAUGUAACCAAAGGAAAACUCAAUACUGUUUCCGCCGCUGUCUGACCACCCGGGCCCCUCCCGCCGCCCCGGCCCUAGACGGGGGGAGGAGGCUGGGCGCGGGGGGCUCCGAGGGAAGAGUUCUGCAGCUGUGCCCGCGCUGUGCCCCGUCCCCGGGGCCGUGGGCAGGGCCUGGAGCGGCGAGGCUGGGGCCGGGAGCCGCCACUCCGGGUCUGAGCACACGGGUGUGUCGCCCCCGCCCCCGCCCCGCCCUCCCGCCUCCGCUUCUCACCCCCCCCCCAUACCCGGAGUCCAUCCCCCGCCUCCCCUGCCCUUCUCUCCCACUGCAAAGGAAAAUAGCCUUACAGACCCUAGCCCAGAAGCCCUCCCGGGGCGUCCGCCCCGCAGCACCCUCCCGUCGAAGGAGGGUCAGAGGCCCCCCGCGGCCCGCCCGGGCCCCUGCCCGCUCAGCCUGGCGGCUCCGGCCCCGCUGCCUUGCCCCAGGUCGGGCGAGGGGGGAGGAAUCUUUAAGGACCAAGCCCAGGGGGCUAGGAAGAGGGAGGCCGCGAGGGAAGGGGCUGCCGAGGGGACCCCCUCCCAACCCGCCCCCUGGAGACGCGACCAAAUCCCAGAGCUGGGAGGAAGCCGGGAGGGGGGGGUCUGCUCUGAAUUACUUGAAGGUACUGACCCGAGGCUGCUGCUGCCCACAGGUGUGAGGGGACCUGUCACUGCGUUUGGGAGGGCUGAGGGGGGCGGGGCAGGAGACCCUCUGUUGGCCCCGGGCGCCUGGCCCUGCCCCUCCCACCCCGUCCCUCACUCUGGGCACCCUCUCCAAUUGCACUAAAGUAGCUGUUGUGCCAGUCUGACCCCACGCCAGGGUGGGGUCUCUGCUUCCAGUCUUGCCCCCUCACCGCCUCCGCUCCCUCCCCGGACAAUCUCCGCGUGUCGUGUGCUCCCCCUCUUCCUGGAGAGCUCAGCUUUGUGUGUGUGUGUGUGUCAGGGGGGUGGGUGGGGGCGGGGUGCUGCCGGCUUGGGUUCGAAGGGGUUCGGGGUUCGGGAAGGGCUAGGGGGCCAAUGGAGGACGCAACCUCCUACCCCUUCCUCAGCUCCCAGCCCGAGAAGCCUGGCGCUGGGGGGAGGGGCCCCCUUGCUCCCUGCCACGAGUCUUGCAGAUGUGCCAAAACGGGGUGGGGGGGAGGGUCCUGGCAGGGCGGCCCCCAGGGUGGCUCUCUCAAAGCAAUACAGUUCCUCCCUCUACCCGGGAGGGAGCGCGAGACAGGGGAGAGGGUUGGGCUGGGGGCCGGGUGGGGGGUGGUUCCCUGUGUACAGCUGUGUAUACCCAGGGGUGUUCUCUGGUCCCCGCGUGGGCGUCUGUGUGUGUGACCUUCCCCACCCCUGUGCCCUGCAUGACCUGUGAUGCUGCAGACACCACCGUCCUGUGCAGGGGUGUGGGGGGCACUGAGGGGCAGCCCCCCCCCCCGGCCCUUCGCACCCUCCACCCUGUGACCCAUGUACUCGGUUGUAGGAAGUAAAGAGAACUGAGCACAAUUCACUGGAUUCUAGUGGAAUCUUUCUCUAAGCAAUGUUCCCCUUCCCGCCUUCUCCCUGCUCCGGAUCUCCCUGUGGUGCUAGCGUGGGGGUCGGGGGUCGGGGGGGUGUUCGAUGCUGGUGGGCAGCAAUAAAGGGCAGCACUGCCCAGAUGCCCGACUCCCCAGGGUGCUGAGGGCAGCAGGACAGUGUGGGGACCUUGGUGCAUUUGCCCCGCCCCUCCCCCUCCCCCUGGGCUAAAGCACAAUGCUCUCCCCACCCCACCCCCUGGAUGCACCCCACCCGCCCUCCUCAGCCCUCCCUCGACCUGCUUUGAGCCUCCUCCCGCCACCCCCUGGUUUUCUAUGCUGUUUUGGUGCAAGUACAACUGUCGUAGUUAUGGCUUUGGGAUGGGUUCUGUUUAUUAAACUCCUGUUGCUCCUACUGGC